GUCUGCGGGCCUCCGAGGCAGCGGCUGGCUGGGCAGGAGCGGCGCGGCGGAGGGGACAAGAUCAGGGCAGGAGGCAGCCGGUGGGUGGUAAAAGGCAGAGCGCACUCACUCAGCAAGAUGCUGUCGUGGAGGCUGCAGACGGGCUCGGAAAAGGCCGAGCUACAGGAGCUCAACGCCCGGCUCUACGACUACGUGUGCCGGGUGCGGGAGCUGGAGCGCGAGAACUCGCUCCUGGAGGAGGAGCUGCGCGGCCGGCGUGGGCAGGAGGGCCUGUGGAUCGAGGGCCAGGCCCGCUUCGCCGAGGAGGCGCGCAGCCUGCGGCAGCAGCUGGAUGAGCUGAGCUGGGCCACGGCGCUGGCCGAGGGCGAACGCGACGCGCUGCGGCGGGAGCUGCGGGAGCUGCAGCGGCUGAGCGCCGAGGAGAGCGCCGCCCGCGGCCGUCUGGACGCCGAGCUGGGCGCGCAGCGGCGGGAGCUGCAGGAGGCGCUGGGCGCCCGCGCCGCCCUCGAGGCGUUGCUGGGCCGGCUGCAGGCCGAGCGCCGCGGCCUGGACGCCUCCCACGAGCGCGACGUGCGGGAGCUGCGCACCCGCGCAGCCAACCUGACUCUGCACUUCCGAGCUCGGGCCUCCGCGCCCCCGCCGCGCCUGCGGGAGGUGCAGGACAGCUACGCCCUGCUGGUGGCCGAGUCGUGGCGCGACACCGUGCAGAUGUACGAGGAGGAGGUGCGCGAGCUGGAGCAGGCGCUGCUCCGGGGCCAGGAGAGCCGGCGACGGGCCGAGGAGGAGGCGCGGCUGUGCGCGCACGAGGCCGACGCGCUGCGGGCCGAGGCGCGGGAGCUGGAGUUGCUACGCGCGCGCCUGGAGGACGAGCUGCUGCGGAUGCGCGAGGAGUACCAGCUGCAGGUGGAGGAGCGGCAGAGAGUCAUUGACUGCCUGGAGGAUGAGAGGGAAGCCCUCACCUUGGCCAUGGCUGACCGGCUGCGGGACUACCAGGAGCUUGUGCAGGUGAAGACUGGCCUUAGCCUGGAGGUGGCCACGUACAGGGCCUUACUGGAAGGAGAAAGUAAUCCGGAGAUAUUGAUUUGGACUGAGAACGUCGAAAACAUGCCACAAGAAUCCAGAAACACAUCUUAUCAAUACACUGACUCCAUAUUACAGAGGAAAAAUGAAAAAAAUCUGUUUUCAAGGCCGAAAGCACCUUGGGCAUCUCUAAAUCACACUCUGUAUUUGAACGGGUCAGGGCACCUUGGAUCUGAGACAACGUCAUCUAUUGGAAGUGCUGCCAGGAGGGGGUUCCUGGCCUCAGGAUAUUCUUCCUCGGCCACUACCCAGCAGAAAAACUCUUAUGAAAAAACCAUUACCAGUCAAGCCAAUCUCAGAGCUAUCUCUCCAACUUGUGGUCUUAUAAGAAACACUGAUGCUCAACUGAAGACAUUCCCUGAUCGACCAAAACCCAAAGGCAGUGGGGACCCCCCUGCCCGCUUUGGUACAGUGUCUACUGUUGCCCGAGAGUCAUACCAAGAGCAAAGAGAUAAAGCGGCAGCAGAUGCUAUGCAUGGCACUCGGUCAAAUGAGAGGACUGUCACUGUGGAAAGAAAAAUAGAAGUGAAAUCCACCAGGGAACAAGAAAGAGACAGACCAGGAGCCAUCAAAAUAAAGCCAGAAGAAAAAAUGUUUGAUUCCAAAGAGAAAGCUUCAGAGGAACGAAAUUUGCGAUGGGAAGAACUGACGAAGUUAGACAAAGAGGCAAGAACAAGAGAAAGCCAGCAGAUGAGGGAACGGGCCAACGAGAAGGACUCACUGAAGGAGAAAAGUGUGAAGGGAAGGGACAUACCCAUCAGUCUAGAAGUAUCCCGAGGCAGCAGACAAGAUGUGUCUGAGAAAGGCUUGCAGACUCCGGGAAAGAAGGAUGCUGGUGACAGCAGGGGAAGAGAGGCAGAAACCAGAGGGACAAGGUUCCGGUUGGACACCAGCGACACCGCCAGCUCUCUGCAAGGUGAUUCCAUGACAGAGACCAUAGCAGAAAACAUUGUCACCACCAUCCUUAAGCAGUUUACCCAGUCUCCUGAUGUGGAAGAAACUGUUAAUUCUUUGCCAGACACAAAGGUCACUUACAUGAACAGGAAAGAGCUUCCUGGUGAAAGGAAAACAAAGACAGAGAUAGUUGUGGAGUCUAAACUAACAGAAGACAUUGAUAUUUCUGAUGAAGCCAGCCUGGACCACCUUUUAAGCAAAGAUAUCAAGGAAGUGGGGCUAAAAGGAAAAUCAGCUGAGCGGAUGAUAGGAGAUAUGAUCAACCUUGGUCUGAAGGGAAGGGAGGGAAAAGCCAAGGUUGUCAAUGUGGAGAUUGUGGAAGAGCCCAUGAGCUAUGUAGGUGGUGGGAGGGCGGAGGAGUUCUCCACCCCAUUCCAAGUGGAGGAGGUAGAUGAUUUAUCACCUAGUACCACGGGAGUGGUUGAAGAAGAGGGUGGUGAUGGAGAGACUGAUGUCACAUUCUCAGUGCAUCAGCAUCAAAGGACCAGGAAGCCCCAAGGAAACAUCUCUCACGUGGAAGAAGUGACCGAGGCAGGAGACUCAGAGGGAGAGCAGAGUUACUUUGUGUCGACCCCAGAUGAGUACCCUGGGGGGCAGGACAGAGAGGACGAAGGCUCAGUGUAUGGGCAGAUCCAUAUUGAGGAAGAGUCCACCAUCCGGUACUCAUGGCAGGAUGAAAUUGUACAGGGGACUUGGAGAAGGAAAAAGAGGGAUGAGACUGAGGGAGAGAAGGAUGUGAAGACCCUGGAGCUUGUAGCCCCUUCCCUGGGUGGAAGCUUGAGUUCCGCUCACUGGAAGGAAGAAGCUAGUGGUGAGUUACAUGCUGAACCUACAGUCAUUGAGAAAGAAAUCAAAAUACCACACGAAUUCCACACCUCCAUCAAAGGUGUCUUCUCCAAGGAGCCUCGGCACCAGCUGGCGGAGGUCAUUGGGCAGCUGGAGGACACCCUGCCUGAGCGCAUGAAGGAGGAGCUGUCCACUUUGACCAGAGAAGGUCAAGAUGAGCCUGGGAGCAUCUCCGUGGAUGUAAAGAAAGUCCAGAGCUCUUGUGGUGGUUCUGUGACCUUGCUUGCGGAGGUCAACCUUUCACAAACCGUCGAUGCUGAUCAGUUAGACCUGGAGGAGCUGAGCAGGGAUGAAGCUGGGGAAAUAGAGAAGGCGGUGGAGUCAGUGGUCAGAGAGAGCUUGUCCAAGCGGCCCAGCUCAACACCUGGAAGCCCACAAAGGGAAGAUGGAAAGGAGGUGCCAGCUGGUGGCAUUCGCUUUAAGCGCUGGGCCACCAGGGAACUGUACAGCCUGUCUGAUGAGACGGAUGGUGCCAGCCUGGCCUCUCACAGCUCAGAUAAGUCUACUGCCCAGGGCCCAGUGUCGGCUACCGUGGAAGUCACUAGCCCACGGGGCUUUGCCCAGUCUCAAGUGUUGGAGGACAUAAGCCAGUCUGUAAGGCACGUUAAACUCGGCCCCAGUGAAAUGUGGAGGACUGAGCAGGUCUCCUAUGGAGGACCCAUGGCACAGCGGGUGGAGGUAAGUGAGGACGGCAGCCAGGCAGUCGGCUCUGAGGGAGCCACACACUCUGUGGGGCACUUUACAGUGGGUCCUCAUCAAGGUCAAGUGUCCACAGAAAUCAUCUUCCAUGGCCUUGCCCCGGCCUGGCAGGAGGCAGGAGACACAGAAGAGCCUGACCAGACACGACUGUCUGCAGUGGACAAUACAACGGGGAGGCACAUCACAUUUGGCUCCAAGCAGUUUCCUGCUGAAAAGGGUCCUGAUUCUGGGACAGGAGAGGCUGGUGGUAACUUAGCAGCUGACAAGUCAGGGAGCACCCAAACUUCUGUCACACACUUCCAGUCAGGCCCUAAAGAAGGGCUCAGAGAGGAAAUACAGUUCACAGCUCCCCUCCCAGACAAGGUGGAAUGGGGCGUGCACAGAGACACAGAGUCACCAUGGGGCAGCAGCACAGCCGCCAGGCUCAUCAGGCCUCAGAGGCACCACACCUCCCAGCAGAUAGCUGCCCAGCCAGGGGGAAUCUCGGUCGCAGAAGUCAUUGUCCAGGGUGAGGACUCAGCAGAUGUAACCCAGGCCAUUCAUAGUGACACCUCAGAUAGAAAAAUCCUCGUGACUGAAAAGAGCACAUUCCAGAGGGUCAUUUCUGAAUCUCCCCAGGACAGUGUAGGAGAGCCUGGGGCAGAGGUGACAUCGGGCAUCAGUAGAACCUUUAGGCACAUUUGGCUAGGUCCUUCCGAGACAGAAACCUCUAAACACACUGUGGUCCAUGGACCCUUGGCUAAAACAUUUGCACUUGCUGGUUCAGUGGCCUCCCCUGAGCUAGACAAGUUAGCCAACAGCAGCAGCACACUAAGCCACAUUGCACUGGGGCCCAAAGAAACUUCGUUUACCUUUCAGAUGGAUGUGAGCAAUGCAAGGGCGAUCCACAGCUGGACCCAGGAGGCAGGGAUGGAAGUGGAAGCUCACCGUGUGUCCGACGGUAGUGGCUGGAUGGCCACUCACAGUAGGAGCGAGCAGCUGGCUGGCACGAGCUCUCAGGCUUCUGCUGGGGAUCGACACCAGAGCACAGAGGAGGCUGAUUUUGACAAGACGGUGCAGCUGCAGAGGAUGGUAGACCAAAGGUCGGUGGUUUCAGAUGAAAAGAAGGUGGCCCUCCUCUAUCUAGACAAUGAGGAGGAGGACGAGGGUGAUGGAUGGUUUUGAUAAGCAGAUACAGGGCCCCUUGUUUGGUGACAGAGCAACAUAUAAAAGGCUUUACUUAUUUUAUGAGUCAGGGGAGGCUCAUUGUCAAAACCUCCCUUUCUUGAGAACUCCAAAUGAUGUCAGUUUGCUUGAGUUGAUCUGUAAGGUUUCAGUUUAAUUCAUGCGUUUAAAGGCUUUGGAAUUUUGACUUUUGAGUUGGAACUUGUACAAGCACUUUUUAAUCUUUUGGUCUUAAAAGGUUCCUUUUCCUGAAGUUUUAUCUCCAUUUGUGGAGACACCUUCUACCAAUUUUGCACCUGGUCACAGACAUGGCUUAUAUAAAAAUGGAACUACUUAAUUACCUAUAGGCAAUAUGUCUUAAAAUUAACCAGAUUAAGAUAAUAUGUGUAAGAGUAGAUUUUGUUUGCAUGUGCUAAAUCAAAAUAAACUAACACUACAAAAAGAUAUCAUAGAAAAUAAGCAAGACUGUAUGUUUGAAAAAUCUACUGAAUGAUAUCUUUAGGAAAAAAAAUUAUUUGUCAGAGAUUUAAAAUUAUUUCCAGACCUCUAUGAAUUGCUUUCUAUGUGCAGAACUUAAAAAAGGGCAUAUGGAGGGGACAGCUGUAGUCUGUUGUGGUAUUUCCAGCCCGUAUUCCUGGCCUGUUUGCACAGGUUCCCCUGCACAGGUCCACAGGUGGGGGAAAUGAUGGCUGGGAAUGUUUACAGUACCAUUUUUUGCUUGUGGCAUUAGGCUAUGAGGAAGCACAGUCUGAACACUUUUCUCCUGACAUAAGCGAUGGGGUAGGCAGCUCCUGUGGGAGGCUGUGUUCUUGAGCAUUCUGUGCUUUAGCCUGCAGCACCAAAAUACUCACUCUCACUGGUGGGAGGCAACCCUGCAGGCAGCGAAGGGAGUGAUGAUGGGUAAACUACUUCUGGACUGUCAAGUUGGUCCUGGCAGGAACAUUGGAAACACCAGGCAGACUGUGCUUCUUAAAGGAGCCAUUCUCAACCUACCACUAAUGGAUUGGAGGUCUUUUUGAGCUCCAAGAAUAAGGAGUAUAAGAGUAACAGUAAGCCUCACGAAAGCUUUUUGCACUUUGAAUAGAAAUCACAAGAAUGGGAGUGUUCAUCUACGAAAACACGUGUUAGAUAGAAUAAGGUAUUUGAGGAAGGAAUUGGGUGUUCCUCAUGCAGACCAGCACCGAGGCACCAAGGACAGGCUCUGGAAGAUGACAAAGGCUCCACACUCAUGGGCUGUGGACUGUGGAUCAACAGGUGUGCACCACUGAGCUUAUAGCUGAGUGUGGUCCUUUGGACUUUCCUUUUACACACAAGUAUUAUUUUUUAGAGCUCUCAUCUUUUAAGGUGCAGCAUCACAUGAAAAUGAUCUCUAGCAGCAUGGCAUUCUUUUAGUCCACACUAGCAGCUUUCAAACAGUGCCUGAGCUGUGCUUCCCAUAGCCCAGGUCAUAGACCCAACUCAUACACUAGGGAACACAGAUCCGGGAUGAAGCCGUCUUCAUGGAGGGUAUGAUGACCGAGUCAGGAGUGUGGCACUAGAGAGUCUGCCUCCCCAUGUGUCUAACACAGCACACGUCCCCUCUCGUUCCAUCAAUGGCAAUAGCAGGUAGGCUAGAGAGAGGGAGUGAAUUUGCCACAUUGAUAAAUGAAGGAGAAAUACAGCAUGGCUUUCAAGAUGAUCCGUUCUGACAAUACACCUUGAACCAGGGCAUAUAAAGAAGCUGUUUGCACUGAAAGUUUAAACCUUUGUUUUCUAUCUGCCAAAACACUGAUUGUCAACCCAAUGUGGGGGUGACUGCUCUGUAGGGGCUCGCCAUCUCUAAUAUAAUCAAAGAUGAGCUGAUUAUGUUCCCCAUAAUCAGUGAUGGUAUUUGUCUAAGGGAGUUAUUAGGAUUUGGUCAAGGUGACGCCUCCUAUGUGAUGACCAGACAGACUGACAGUGUGGAGUUUAUUAUGCAUCUGAGUGGCUUAGCUGGAUGAAUUUGUAAAUGGAUGGUGAUGUGAAUAGGUUAUUAAUGUCAUGACUACUUCUACUUAUUUUGUGAAAUAAACAUCUUAGAUGUAAUUUUCAUCUCCAAGUUGGAAUGCACAUUAAGGCAACAUUCCAAAGUAUUUACCAGUAUGAAGUCAUGAGUUGUCACUGAUUGCUAGGACACCAGAAGCAGGACCUUUGUCCUUGACCUUGUAGCAAGUCACCCAAAGCUCAGUGUUUUUUGGAACUAGUCGCUUUGGAGGCAAGAGAAAUCAACAUUGUGGUUGGGCAGGGUGGGAACGUAAUCAGUCUUUUCCUAUUUAUUAUUGUUUGGACAAGACAUUAUUCAUUGACUGCUUCUCAACCUCCCACCGGUUGUUUUGGUAGUUUGUUUAAAGUGUCUAUUUAAAAUGGAAUCAUCUAAGAAGCUGAAUUUGCUAGCUUUACUGUUCCUUACAAAGGUAAAUGUCACAAGAAUGUAGAAAUAAAGAUUUGAGAAAAAACAAAACAAAACACUACAUUGUUCCUAAAGAGAAUGUUUUCCAUUUGGUUUUGGUGUGAUUUCUUAACCUCUAAUGGAUGCAGACAUGGGUGUACAUGUAUGUUUUGAAAAUAACACAGAAUUAGUGGUGACAGUGUAUUCUUCACCAAAAUCAGAACUCGAUGCUGUAGGCACACACUAGCAAGCAUGAACCAAGGGGCCUGCAUCCAAGUAUAGACUGAACAGUUGGUAACAAUGUCAUCACAACCUGAAAGACUAUUGUCAGCAGGAUGUGACCAAGACAGAGAGUCAAU